AUGAAGUUCGCCGCUGGAGUAGUCCUUGCAGCCGUCGCAGUCUCUGGUGUCUCUGCCGAUCCGGCCAACAACGCCGAUCCUGCCACGAUUACUGGUGUUGAUACAGCGGUUCUCCGUGGAAGCAACCCCAACAUCAAGAGGGCUCUGCAGGACCUGCCAGGCUCUCAACCGGCUUCUGGUAGCGGCAGCUACUACGAGACAUUAACCCCUCAGCCAGUCGACCCAAAUUACAAGCUCCAAGAAGGCCCGGGCAUUCAACUUAUGCCCGGCAUGCCUGGCUACGCGGCGGCUAAGGAGAAGUUUGAGGAAUACCUGAAAAGUAUAGGCGCAUCGAGUAUCAGUGGCAACGGCCGCAAGUUGGAGACCGCUGACUCAAGCAACACUCUCACUGUCGACCCGAAGACCAUGCCGACCCAAGAUCCGAAGUUUCUCGUGGGUCCUGGUCCCCAGGUGCCGGGUGACAAUGACCCGAAGCUAAAGCAAGCAAUGAAGUUCCUGGAGGGCUCUGUUGCUUCAUCGGGCAGCAACAACGAAUACACGACGUUCCAUCCGUACACCGUGGACCCAAAUUACAAGUUCCAAGAAGGCCCGGGCAUUCAACUUAUGCCCGGCAUGCCAGGUUACAAAGAGGGACAAAAGGCCUUGGAGGAAUACCUUAAGAAGGAGGGCGCAACUUCCAGCGGUAGCGGUGCCUCCAAGUGCGCUCAGAUUUGCCCUGAUGAGUACAAACCUGUGUGCGGUACGGACGGUGUCACGUACAGCAACUCGUGCUUCCUGGGCAUCGCCAGCUGCAAAAAUCCUAACAAUGGCAUCGCCAAGGCGUCCGACGGUCCUUGCCCUCAGCCAACGACGCAGCCUCCCCAGAACUAA